AUGUAUGACAAGAAUGAACGUAACGGGCUUGCAGCUAGACAAGAAUCUCCUGUCAGCUGCGACUGCGAAUUAUCUUUCACGUCUAGACGAGGUUUCCCUCAUCCUGGACAUCCUUCCCAGAAGUACACCCUUAAUUGGAAAAUCAAUCAGGCAGGUCUAGGAUGGCUCAGUCUCGGCAACUACUUUGGUUACUCUACCGUCCUAAUCAAGAGGAGAGAAGCAAACAAAGAGCAAAGUUACUUCCCAGCACUACAGUCGGUCUUUCACCAGAAUUUGGUCGGCUUGGUGGAAGCAUUCUAUGAUGAGGGCUUUCUCUACCUAACUUACAACUACGACGGACUGGUUGUAAGCUUGUCGCAAGUCACCACUACCCCGAGCGUUAUUUUGGGAGAGUUCGAGACUGCGGGCAUCCUUCGUGGCAUCCUACGCGGCCUGGAAUAUGUACAUGAGCGUCUCAGAAUUGGACAUGGAAAUAUUGACGGGGAUAAUAUCCUUUUGACUCCAGAUGGCAUCGUUAAGAUUGGUGAGCAUGAAGUUUGUCAGGUCAUCAAUUAA